GCUUUUAUCAGCCGUGAAAUAAAAAUAAAAGUUGUGUUGUCGGAGAUAAAAAGAUACAUAAAUUUUGGCCUGGAAGUCCUGGAACGACUUCAGAAGGAACCUCCCGUCGCAGGACCUAAUAUAAUUCGAUUAGUCGUGACGUUUUCCUCGAGAUAAAGCCGAGGUGAGACCCCGAUGUUGGCCGGCAGGAAACCGUAAUCAGAGUCGGACGUCGUCGAUCGAACAAAAUAAUAUGCAGAAGAGCUCGGGAAGACACGAGAGCGGCGGGCGCGGCGGUCCUCGGAAGGGCGACAGCGACUGGCUGUGUCCGGACACCGAGUGCGCCAACUGGAACUUCGCGUGGCGGACUUCGUGCAACCGGUGCAGCGGCCCGAAGCCCCCCGGCGAGGACGCCGCCUCCAGUAGUAACAGCAAGUCGAAGAAGCUGGGACAUGAAAUCGGCAAGGCCAUGGCCGAAAAGAGCAAGGGCCUCUUCAGCGCCGACGACUGGCAGUGCAGCAAGUGCGGCAACGUCAACUGGGCUCGGCGCCACCAGUGCAACGUCUGCAACGCGCCUCGGUUUGGCGAGGUGAAUGUUGAAGAGCGAACAGGAUUUGGAGGGGGUUUCAACGACCGGGGCGUUGUUGAAUACAAAGAGCGGAAGGAGGAGUCGGACGACGAGUGGGACGAAUUCGGUCGGCGCAAAAAGAAGUCUUCUGGCAAGUCAUCGUCCAGCGACAAAAACAAACGAUCCCACUCAAGUGACGAGGACAAACGAUCAAGCAAUAAGAAAAAGCGGAGAGACUCGACCAGCAGCAGUUCCGACAGCGAGGUUGAGAAGAAGAAGCCAAAAGUGGAGUCUGAGGAUGAAGACGAAGACAGUGGUGAUGAGGGUGACCUGUCGAAGUACGACCUGAGCGGGUGGGGUGAGGACGAUGACAGCAAAAAGUGAGGUACUCUCGACUGGAAGAAAAAAAAACAUGCAUUUUCCCCAUUUUUAAGAUAACUUGUGAAUAUAAUUCGCUGAAAGUAAUAAGGCUGUACAUCAGCAGUUUCCUCUGCCACACUUCUCCAUGUAUUAAUUACUUAUUAUUUAAGUAAUGAUGAAAAAUUGCCUUGUUUUGAUUGAAAUAAAUCAUAUGUAAAACUUUUAAAUGUUCCGUGGUGUCCCUCAAAUUGAAUUUUGGCCUUUUUAUUGAACUAUGUGCAGAUAAUAGCAUUGCUGAAAUUCCAGAAGAAUGUCUACAAUGGUUGUUUAAUAAUGCUUUUGUAGUGCAACUUCCAUAAAUAAAAUCCUGUACGGACAUUGUG